CAAGUUUUUCCCGUGUCAAGGAUCCAUACUGAAGUUUUUGAGAGCUUGUUCAUAAUCACCACGUAGCAACAUAUCAGAGACAUAAUUCACCUUCCGUGAUCACAUCAACUCACCUUCAUCAUGGCCACUCCAACUCCAAGGUCUGCCCAAGUGGCUUUCCGCAUCCAUCCCAUCUACCGCAUCUUCUUCCUCAUUCUUGAACCCAUCUCUGCCCUCACCGGCGCUUUCUACACUCACUUCCGCCAAGACACCUACCUAUCUCUCCUUCACGCAUCUUCAGCACCAGCAGAAACACCAAAGGCUACAUCUGUAGCUAUGUCGCAGCUCGCCAAUAUGUUCUUCUUCUUUGCGCUCAACGAAGCGCUCGUUCUGCGAUCUACAGCGGAUUUGCGGGUUUGGAGGACGGUCCUGCUUGUACUACUUAUUGCGGACCUGGGACACUUGUUUUCGAUGAGUGAGCUUGGGCCGAGGAUUUAUUGGGAUGUCAUGGCGUGGAAUGCUAGUGAUUGGGGGAAUGUGCCGUUUGUGUAUCUUGGGAUGACUAUGAGACUGAGCUUUUUGAUGGGUAUUGGACUGGGAGAGUCGAGAGCUUUGAAGAAGAAGGAUUGGAAGAAGCAGUGAGCUUUUCGGACGGUUAUAGCGAGGUUCGGUAUUUGGGGAGGCGAGAUUUCGGUUUGGAGUACCCGAAUUUUGUGGUCAUGAGGAGGAAUGAUUUGGAUAUAACUUGACUACGCCUUGACAAGACAUGAUAUAGCAAGGUCUAGAACAUAUGAUGCCGUAUGGAAGGAUACCCCCAUCAGGACAAAUGGAACUAUAAAACACAUCGCGAGCCAACUCCUCACAGAUCGCCAAUGUAGCUCCUCUCAUGCUACCUCAUCCC